CCGGGACCGCUUCCGCCAUAGGAAAUCCACGAGAACUUACCCCUCCGCUCCCCCGCGGGUCUCAAACCUGAGCUUGGUCACGGAAAGAGCUGGGCCGGAGCGGGGCGGGAAUAGGCCUUUAUGAUGCAGCCCAUAGACCGGGGCUGACCCCAGUAACCGCAGGCCAAGGUGAGGGUAAAACGGGUGAACGACCGACCCCGAAUGUGACAAGGGCCGCCAGCAGGUGUGCAGCGAGCGCCCACAGUCCUCAGCGGGGCGCACAGGACACUGGGCGCGUACUAGACCCUAAGAUAUGACGAUCCUGAAGCCAGGGUCCCAGGCCCUCCAGGAAGUGGCUCUCUGCUCGGGGACCAACUGUGCGACACGACAAUAAUGAUCCUUUAGGGAGCACCUGCUGUGGGGUCAGGCCCUACUCCAAGCGCCCCACUGGGAUUAAUUUGCCAAGUUUUCUCAACAACUCUAUGGGAGCUCCCAGCCACCCAGGACACCCAUCCGAGGCCUCACGCCCAGGAAUCCAGUUAUGAAAAUUUGGGCCAGGUAAACUCCCGGAGCCCACCGUCUGCCACAUGUUCCCCAUAAGGAGCUCCUCAGCCACCAGCAUCCACUUGUGCACCAUGAAAAAUGAAGGCCAGGACAACGCUUGGCUGCUACAACCCUUCCUGGUUCCCAGGCACCUUGGCAGCCCCCAGCUGAGUGAUCAGCGGUCAGGAACCAGCUCACAGAGGUUCAUCGGGCCUACUUGAACUUCUGUGUGACUGGGGCCAGCAUUUUUAAAGUGUGUGUGUGUACAUAUGCAUGCACGCAUGCCUCUAUUCAUUAGCUCUGUUACUGGGACAAAACAACCAACAUCCACAAGUUACAGAGGAGAGAUUUAUGUGGCUCACAAUUCCAGAGUCAGCUUCUGUUGGCUUCAAGGGAAAAACAUCAUGGCAGCAGUAUGUGAUGGGGCAAAGUCGCUCACUUCAAGUAGAGUGAGGAAGAGCACUAGGAGAGAAUACCCUCCAAAGGCACCCCCAGAGCCCUGGCCUUGAACUAGGCCCCACCUCCUAACAGCACAUUCCACUGUGAACAUCAGUGGGUAAGUCCGUUGAUGUAUGUAACCCCAUGAGCCAGUCAUCUUUCCCAGUGUCUCGUAAUCCAGCCAAAUUGACAACCUCAGCAGAGUUGGUGCCCUUGGGUGUCUCAGCAUGAAACUUCUGCACAGCUUCCCUCACCCUUCUUUUUCUAGGACACUGUAGUAAAGCAACCUGGAAACUGGUCACAGGGUCUGGGGGCUCAUGCUCCAACCUGCUCUACCAAGUUGCUAUAUGGAAUGGAAUAAUUUCUUCACCUCUCUGGAUCUCAGUUCAUCCACCAUUGAUCAUGGGAGUAAUAAGACACAUCCCCUUUUGCUGGUAGAUGUGAUGGGGUUUUUGCAAUGUUCAAGACUGUCUGUUUUGGGCCUUUGGACAUGCUUUGGACAUGCAGUUUUGGGAUAAGUUGGUAGUCGUACCAGGCUUGUGAGGAACAAAGUAUUUCAGAGAAGACAGGCUGGGUUUGUACAAACUGAAGUCCAAGGAACAUCAAAUCCUACGAACUUGGUAGCAAGAAGAGGAGCUCCUACUUCACUGUGCACCUUCUGUGCACCUCUUACUAUCCCAGAUUCUUUAUACUGUCUUGAGCUGGAACCACGAGGAAGAGGAAUCAAAGACCCAUUAUCUCAAAGCAUCUGGAAAUUUCUUCCUCAAGGCCUGGAAGCUGGGAGACUUGAGGGGAGCUGUGGGACUUGGUGAAUAAAAUUGACUAUAAUCUGUGGUCCGUAUCCUCCCUGGAUGUAUGUCUACAUGCACUGGCACUCCCCCCAGUUGCCCAAGUGCCUUGAGGCUAACUUUGUAGGGUGCUGCACUCCCUUUUAGGGAAAUUACUGGUCCUACUAGAGAGAGAGGAGAAGCAUGCCUGGGAGCCAAGUGAGCACAUGAUUAGUCUUUGAAGUCAGUUUCACAACCCAAAAAACUGUAAUGUGACUUAUUGCCUAUGUAUCUGCUUUAUGCUAGGAAUUGGGCAGUGUGUAAGGCUACAAAAAUGAAGGGGUAGCCUAUAUCAGUCAAGGUAGUCUAGAUUGUGCUUCCGUAACAGAUCCCCAAGCCAUCAGUUGAAAACAAUGAGUUUAUUUCUUGCAAAUGCUAUAGGCCCAUCACAGAUUGGCAGGCAGGUUUUACACAUUGUUACUCAGGGACCUAGGUCCCAGAAUCCAGCAUCUCUUAUGUUGUAGACUGAGGGGGAGAAUCCUCCAGAGGAAGCUGGCUGUGAAUGCCCACUACGCAAGAAGCAAAGGCAAAAUCCAAAUUUGGCAAUUUAGCAAAACUUGUCUCAAAAUAAAAAAUAAUAAUAGGAAGGGCUGUGAUAUAGCUCAGUGGUAGAGUGCCUCUGGGUUUGAUCCUCCCUCUCUCUCUCUCUUCCUCUCCCUCCCUACCCUCCCUCCUCUAGAGAGUUUUCCACAAGUGUUCAUAGCUCAUACAUUAACACAGACCUCGCCAUGGGUCCUGCCUCAGAAACAACUGAACAGGGAAACCCCAUGUGGUAUUCAGAUGGGAACACACGGACAUUUGGGAAGCAUUGAUGGCUCCACAGUGAGACCUGUUUGAAGCUCCUGAGAUAGUGACAUGGUAAAUGGAAAUUCAGGUAUGGGUAGAGGUAAUUAGGGAGCAUAUGAGGGAUAAUUUCCCUGUCAUGAGGACACUUCCUGGAAGAAGGUAUAUGGAGAGCAUGUGUCAGCUAUUCAUACACAGGAGGCCAAGGGCAGAGAGGGGGUUAGGAGAGAAGAAAAGUAUUCUAAGCAAAGAGACAAUAUGGGCAAAGAGCAAGAGGUCAAACACAACGUGGCCAGAAGCAGCCAGAGCAGGAGGGUAGCGGAAGGGUGUGGCCAGAGCUGGAGCAGCAGGGUACCUUCUGUAGAGCCAGAAUGCUCUGGGCUGGGGCCCAGGACUCUUGGAGCAAUGUCUCUGUGAGUUCCGGGGUGUAUCUUGCUUACAAGCAAGAACAGAGACAUGGUCCACACCCUUGAGCCACUACAGCUGGACAAACUCUCCGGAAGCCAGGGAAUCAAGAAAUGACCUAGAAAAUUUGGCAUUUUCAAGAUGAGACUUCCCAGGGUGGUAUGGAGAUAGAGUUGGAACUCUCCAUUUUCUUGUCCCAACACCCAGGAACACAAAUGUGCUCACCAGCCAUUCUCUCAUUUAAAGAGUGUCUUGUAGAUGUUUGUGAAAAAUAUUAAAGAACUCCAUUAAACCCAACAGAUUUUUCAGAGCAGACCCUGAACAAAUGGGGACACUGCCCCCUGCCGGCAGCUCCGCCCACCUACACCACCACCCACCCCACCCAGGCCCCAGAGCCUUUGGGCAGCCCAUAAGCCUGGAGCUCUCCAGAUCUUCCCAGUGGGCUGUCUAUGCCAACUCUUAAACCCUCAGGUAUAAAUUCUUUUAGAACUGUUAUCUCUUACCAUUGUGGUAAAAGCUUCUGCCUAUUACAAUCUUCCAAAUGAGAAGGAAAACAUGGAAACAAAACUUUAUAAAUGGGGAAGGGAGAAAGGCUUGAAGGGAAGAGUAGGGGAAUGGGCAAAAAACGCAAGUUAUAUCAUGUACAGGUAUAAAUUCUCUAUGAUGAAUGGGAUUGUGAUCAUUAUACAUAUCCAAAAUGUACUAAUAGAAUGUAAUUUAAAAAAACUUCCUAAUUUAAAAUUUUUCUGAGUGUGAUUUAUGUAUGAAAAAGAGACCUGCUAACCAAUUUGCCCAAAAGAAUGAGAAAGGUCCAUCAUGGGGUAAAUUCAAUUUAUAUAUGUGCUGCCGAAGCAAGCACAUGGAUAAAUUUGAAUGUAGUGUAUUUGCAGAAUUUUAUUUAACCAGUUCUCAUUUCUUCCUGUUUCUCAUCACUUAAUAAAAAUUCAUCAUUUGUACAAGCACCUAAACAAGGAGGAAGUAAAUAUUGCACAUUUAAUGAUCAAAAUAAAGUUGUGGUUUUAAAAGUCUUUUGAGAUAAGUGGGAAGGAAGAGUCUGAACACAGUGAAGCGCUUAUCUGACAGAGUGGUUUUUAAAACCCUGAAAGAAAAAAAAGUUUAAAAUAUUACAUUGGGACAUUUAAAAAGUUAUAAUCAACAUUUAACAAAUUCAUUUUCCUAGAAUAAGAUCAGUAGAUUAAUUUUUAAAGUUAUUCUCAUCAGAAAUCAGGAACCCAUUCAGAAAGAAGGAAAUUUCUAGAUGACAGGAUACCCAAGGCAUAUUCUAGAAGCCAUUAUCACUCCUGAGCAGAGCAAAUUAAGGAUGAGCAGUGCCUCGCUGUUAAGAGCUUUACCCAGCUCGAUCCAGACACAAAUGGAAGAUCACAGAAAGGGAAUUUUUCUUGUAAAGCACUGUGCUUAUUUUCCAACACUGUAUUAUCCAUUUUACUUAAUAAAACAAAGCUAAUUGAGCAGGAUAACAAUCAGCUUUAAAGUCAGCUUUAAAAUUGGUCCAUAGUGGACUUCCGGGAGAACAUGGCGGACAGAUAACAGCAGCUACGGAGGCUCUCUGAAAGACUCGGCUCAGAAUUCAGGAAUGGUGCGGAGUAAGGAGACAUAAGCAGGUGGAGAUAUGCUCUGCUGACCCAGGAACGAACUGGGCUGAGAGAAACCAACUUGGAAUGAGGCCCUGGUGCUAAAACAGGAACAGAGGGGCCUCAGUGUGGAGGCUGGAGCCCGCGCCAUUGGAAGCCACGAUUUGGGUUUCCCGCCGCACGGCGGCUGUGUCUACAUCGGCUUGGCAAGGAGAGAGACGCACGGAAGCUCUGCAGGACGGGCGGGGAGCCGUGCACUGACUUGUGGUGAGGUGAGUGAGAGAAACUGACACUCUACCACAGUUUGACUCCAGCGGAGGACAUUCUGGGACUGGGCAGACUUGCGGGAGCGGGGUGCUGCAGCGACUCCAGCCACGAUCCCCCUCUCAAGUGGGAUUGGUGAGAAGUGCCUAGCCUAUGUGACUCUGCUGGCGGAGACCCAAUAGGCUAGCACAACCCAGAUCCCAGAGCCUGAGGGUGGCCUGGAGGGGCGGGCCCCGCGUAGGCUGCCUGGUCUGGAAUUUCCUGGUGUGCUGCGGUGGGCGGGAACACCUAGCCGGCGCAAUUCGAUCAGGCUGUGGCUGACAGGGAGGGAAGCUGGGCCUCCUAUAUAAGCUUGCAUAUAUAAGGAACAAAGAAUAUGGGAAGAGGAAGCAACAAGAAAGGCUCCUCAGCCCCUAAUCCUGAGAAACAGGUAAUAGCGGACACCGCACCAAUAGACAUAAAGCGCCAUCUAGAGUUCAGGAAUGAAGUUAUUAAUGACCUGAAGCUAGAAGUAAGCAGAAUAGUUAGAGAAAUGCUAAGCACCACCCAAGAAAAAACGGAUGGUGGAAUGGAAGAACAGAAAAAGAGGGGAGAAUUGUUUGAUGGAGAAAAUAGAGAAAGCAUAGAAUACGUGAAGCAGGUUCAAAGGGACUACCAGGAAACUAAAAACUCUAUCAAAAACUGGCAUAACAGCUUGAAAGAAACUAAGGACAGACUAUCUGAACUGGAGGGCAGAUUUGUAAUAUGGGAGAAUGAAAUGAAAAACUUCUUAAAAGUAACAAAGAAACAAACAGCAAUAAUACAAAGACAAGAAGAUGAUAAGAGGAUCCAUAACUUAAGAAUUAAGAACAUAAAAGAAGAAGUAGGGACACAAACAAAUGAACUACAAAAGCUACUCACAGAAAUAAUCCAGGAGAAUUUUCCUAAUUUAGCAAAAGGUAAAGAUACUCAGAUGUAUGAGGAAUACAGGACCCCAGCCACCUACAACCCAAACAGAGCAACACCCAGGCAUAUAAUGAUAAAAAUUCCAGAAAUUCAAUACAAGAACAGAAUAUUAAAAGCUGUCAGAGACAAGAAACAGACCACUUACAAGGGAACAACCAUCAGAAUUACAGCAGAUUUCUCUGCACAAACCAUCAAAUCACAAAGAGCGUGGGGGAAAAUAAUUCAAGCUUUAAAAGAUAAUAAUCUCCAGCCAAGAUUGAGAUAUCCUGCACAACUGUCCCUGGAAAUUGAUGAAAAAACAAGGUGCUUCCAGGAUAAAGAGGAACUGGGGGAAUUUGCAACCACCAAUUCAAUUCUACAGAGAGUAUUGCAGGAUAUUCUAAAAAAAGAAAAAUACAAAGAAUCCAGAAAUAGGGGCGGGGAGGCCACAAUGAAUGGAGCAGAGAACAAAAUGAAGAAGACAAACUGACAACUAAUGACAGAAAAAGAGCUCAACAGAAAUGAGGCAGAGAAGAUUGGAUGAUAGGAACAGCUAUUUUGGAGAAAAUGACAUAUUAAUAGGUAAUACUGAUUUAGUAUCAUCUUGUUUUGAAGUCUCAUCAAGCUUUUGUUCUUCUGUCUCCAUUGGUCUAAACAGGUUGUAUCUUAUUGGAUUUUAUUAUGUAUGAUAGUAUAAGCAAAAACUUUUAAAGACAAGAUUAUACAGAAACCAUUGUUCAUUUUCUGUUAGUUGAUUCUAAAUACCCUGUAAUGCCGUCAUUCUCUUAAAUGGUUUUACAUUGUUUUGAUAUAUUUAAUGCUAUAGUAUACGAAGUUGUACUCAAGGAUUUCAAGGAAAGAGACAAUAAUGGUAACUACUUUUAUGUCAGGAUUAUCUUGUGGUGAAACACUAUUCUGCUUAAAUGGUUAUGUUUUGAUCUGCGCUGUUUUGCUGUUAUGCCCCCUUUUAUCUCAAUCUCCACUCCAUUUUUUUUUUAUUUUUAUCCUUUUAAUUAAGGGAAAAAUAAAUAAAAAUAGCAGGAUAUAGUAUAGUAACCCACUGACUUUCCAUUAUCUUGAUUUAAAGCCCUGUAUUACUCUCACCAUCUUGUUUUUGACUGAUGUCCCCCUAUUCUGUUUUGCUUGAUAGUACCAGGUUUGAAAGUUUAGGCAACAGCUGUGAAGAUAGUGAGAUUCAUUAUGACGCCCAUUCUUGAUGACUUUUAUCUACUUUUGAAGACCUACAAUGUCUCCAAUGUUUUGGUUUUGUCGGUUUUGUUCUUUACUGUUUUGUUCAAUUUUAUUAUAACUGAUGAUAUAGGCAAUUCUAUUAGAGACAGCGGGAGGCAUUAUGGUACCCAUUAUUGAUCACCUUGUAUUAUGCUUUUACAUUAUCUAUUAUGUCCACCCUUUUGAUUUGAUUAACUCUGUUCUGUUAUGUCACAUUUGGUUCUACUCCCUUCCAAAAAAGUAAUAAGAACUGUGGGAGUAACAAAACCCAAAAUGUGUAAUUGUCAUUGUACAAAAGAGAGGAAAAGAAAAGUGCUCUAAAUGAUAUAACUGCAUGUAUAUUUAAGUGUAUAAGAUAGAAAAUGAUAUCACUGAGUUUUAUUGGAUCAUUGAACAGAACUGUUUGAAGUAUCAUUGUUGGAAUGUCCACUUUAUAAGCUUUAAUUUUGUGACUUGAACAAUUAUUUCUAAGAUGACAGCAUGUAAUCCACUAACUAGUGAUUUCCUACUGUUUAUUUUUUUCUGUAAACCUGUAUAACU